AUGCACAGGCACAACAAGCUGCUGCAAAUCCUCCACAGUGAACAAGGCAUGGAAACCCUAACGUGUUUAGGUCACCAGAAGAGAAGAACAAGGAACGGGCCGAGGGAGCGUGCGAGGUGGGAGGCGGUAGAGGCAACAGAGGGAGAAGAAGCAGGAUAUUUAAAGGACACUGAAGACCUUCCUCAACAGAACGCAUGCUUUGCUUCCAGUCAUCAUGCUUAUUUUGUCGCUGCUGCUUGUCCCUACAUGGCUGGCCGUUUUCAGCACCGCUCAAGGGUACUUUCCUCUCAACAGGAUUAUUGUCUGCCUCCCGUCGGCGCCCCGAGCGAUGAGGUGGCGGCGCAGUUUGUGCUCGAAGCUGGAGAGUUCACAUCUGUGUCUGCGCUGGAGUCUGAGAUGUCCUUCUGCUGCCCGCAACAGUUCACUGACUGUAUGGCUGCGGGGGGCGUCUGCAUGCCCCUGUUUGUCAAGUCCCUUUGCCCCCUUGCCGUGGAUAGCUACUGCCCAGCCGACUCGUGUACUUGCUGCAUCUUUCGACCUCCCUGUCAGGGAUUGUGCGAUCUCGGCGGCCAGUUAGGAGAGCGCCGUUGCAGCUGUCGGUCCAGCGAGCGUCCUGUAUCGGGGAAAUGUUCCUCUUCUUGCACCUGCUGUCCUCUUAAGGAUGAUGGAACAAAUAGAGGGUAAUGUACCCGAAGGACCAAGAAGAGUGUUUUUGUAUUUAAGGGAAAAGUGAAGAAAGUGGAAAGUAGAAGAAUGCCCCCCUAAAUUGCCAUCAGUGAGAGAAGAAUAGAUAGAGAGAAAAGAAGAAGAGAAAGAAAGAAACAAAAGAAAUGGCAUUCAUUGAUAUUAGAAUUAAAAGAAAUAUCAUCCAUUGAAAAAGUCGAACAUGAGCUAUAGACGAACUACAAAAUACAUCACUUACUGCAUUUCCUGUAAUACAGUUACACUCCUCACGAAAGAAAUGAAGGUUUUGAUCAACGUUCAGAUGGUUAUUUGUUUUGUAAUCUAUGGUUAUGUUUUUUCUAUGAUGUCUGUUCUUAUACUAGCUUUAUAGGAGGUUAGUGCUUAGGGAUAUAAAAUUAAGUUCUUUUCACUUUCAUGGUAUCUCUCUAACAAGAGUUCUUAGAUGUUUGAUUCUGUAUAUGUUAUUGUAAGUCCGCAG